UUCUGGAUACUGGCUGUGGGAUUUUUUUUAUUAUUAUUUUUAUUAUUUUUGAUUGGCUUUUUCUCCCUUCUUGGAUGUGAGUUGAAGGCCAAUAACUGAAGUGUUGAAAACCAGUGCAGAAGGACACUCACCUUGUUUUGUUUGAACCCUUGUUUGCUGGGAUACUUUCAAGCCCUCCUUCACAGUCAUGUGGUCAUCACAGCUGCUGUUCUUCACAAUGCUCUUAACACCGUUAGCCCAUGCUUUCAGCCGUGCCCCGGUCCCCAUGGCUGUGGUCCGAAGGGAACUGUCCUGUGAGAGUUACCCCAUAGAGCUUCGCUGCCCCGGAACAGAUGUUAUCAUGAUUGAAAGUGCCAACUACGGGAGGACUGAUGAUAAAAUCUGUGACUCUGAUCCUGCUCAGAUGGAGAAUAUCCGCUGUUAUCUGCCAGAUGCCUAUAAGAUUAUGACUCAAAGAUGCAGUAAUCGGACCCAAUGUGCUGUUGUGGCCGGCCCUGAUGUGUUUCCAGACCCUUGCCCUGGGACGUACAAAUACCUGGAGGUUCAGUAUGAAUGUGUCCCUUACAUUUUCCUUUGUCCUGGACUGCUAAAAGGAGUAUACCAGAGUGAACACCUGUUUGAAUCCGACCACCAGUCUGGUGCCUGGUGCAAAGACCCUCUGCAGGCGUCUGACAAGAUCUACUACAUGCCUUGGACACCUUAUCGGACAGACACACUGACGGAGUACUCCUCCAAGGAUGACUUCAUCGCUGGGAGGCCAACCACGACCUACAAACUCCCGCACCGAGUGGACGGCACAGGGUUUGUGGUGUACGAUGGGGCUUUGUUCUUCAACAAGGAGCGAACCCGAAAUAUAGUCAAGUUUGACUUGCGGACAAGGAUAAAGAGCGGGGAGGCUAUCAUAGCUAAUGCAAAUUACCAUGACACCUCUCCCUACCGCUGGGGAGGAAAGUCUGAUAUAGACCUGGCCGUGGAUGAGAAUGGGCUAUGGGUAAUCUAUGCAACAGAACAAAAUAAUGGCAAAAUAGUCAUUAGCCAGUUAAACCCUUAUACGUUAAGGAUUGAAGGGACGUGGGAUACUGCCUACGACAAGAGGUCAGCUUCUAACGCUUUUAUGAUCUGUGGGAUUUUAUAUGUGGUCAAGUCUGUGUAUGAAGAUGAUGACAAUGAAGCCACAGGGAAUAAAAUAGACUACAUAUAUAACACUGACCAAAGCAAGGAUAGCAUGGUGGAUGUGCCCUUUCCAAACUCCUAUCAGUACAUUGCUGCUGUGGAUUAUAAUCCCCGGGACAACCUUCUCUAUGUAUGGAACAACUAUCACGUAGUGAAGUAUUCCUUGGAUUUUGGCCCGCUGGACAGCAGAACAGGGCAGGCUCACCAUGGGCAGGUUUCCUAUAUUGCCCCACCAAUCCACCUCGAUUCAGAUCUGGAGCGACCACCAUCUAAGGGGGUAUCAACAUCAGGGGCACUGGGCCCGGCGAGCACCACUGCCAGCACCACACCACGAACGGCCACCAGCAGCACUGGCCGCCCCACCACCACCUCGGCUUUGGGCAGGAGGAACAGGAGCACCAGCAUGCCCUCGCCCAUGGCUGAUGUCCCUGAUGAGAUGACCACACACCUCCCACCUGCCUCCUCCCAGCUGCCCCCAGCUGGUGCCGAGAGCUGCGACCCUAUGGAAGCCCGUGAUAUUAUGUGGUCUCGCACCCGGCAGGGACAAAUGGCAAAGCAACCGUGUCCCAUGGGCUCAAUAGGUGUUGCAACUUUCCGGUGUCUUGCACCAGAUGGAAUCUGGGAGCCCCAGGGACCAGAUCUCAGCAACUGCUCUUCUCCCUGGAUCAACCACAUCACUCAGAAGAUGAAGUCAGGAGAGAUGGCUGCCAAUAUUGCCCGAGAGCUUGCGGAGCACACCAGAAACCACUUGUAUGCUGGUGACAUCACAUACUCCGUGUCUGCCAUGGUUCAACUGGUGAACUUACUUGAUGUGCAGCUCCGAAACCUGACGCCAGGUGGGAAGGACAGUGCUGCACGCAGCUUGAAUAAGGCCAUGGUGGAAACAGUGAACAACCUCCUGCAACCACAGGCGCUGAAUGCCUGGAGGGAUCUGAAUGCAAGUGAACAGCAACGUGCAGCUACGAAAUUGCUUGACACCGUGGAGGACAGUGCCUUCGUGCUGGCUGAUAACCUGCUGAAGACUGACAUUGUCCGUGAAAACACUGACAAUAUCCAGCUGGAAGUUGCAAGACUAAGUACAGAUGGCAAUCUAGAAGAUCUGAAGUUUCCCCAGAACACGGGCCAUGGGAGUGCCAUUCAACUUUCAGCAAAUACUUUGAAACAAAAUGGUCGAAAUGGUGAAAUCAGGGUAGCCUUUGUGCUGUACAACAACUUGGGCACCUAUCUCUCCACGGAGAAUGCUAGCAUGAAAUUAGGAACUGAAGCGAUGUCUACUAAUCACUCCGUCAUCGUCAACUCCCCUGUCAUCACGGCAGCAAUAAACAAAGAGUUCAGCAAUAAGGUUUACCUGGCUGAUCCUGUGGUCUUUACUGUCAAGCAUAUCAAGCAGUCAGAAGAAAAUUUCAAUCCAAACUGUUCAUUCUGGAGCUAUACUAAGCGUACCAUGACUGGGUAUUGGUCCACCCAAGGAUGUCGCCUCCUGACAACUAACAAGACACACACCACAUGCUCCUGCAAUCACCUAACCAACUUUGCAGUCCUGAUGGCACAUGUGGAAGUUAAGCACAGCGAUGCGGUGCAUGACCUGCUUCUGGACUUUAUCACCUGGGUGGGCAUCCUGCUGUCACUUGUCUGCCUCCUGAUCUGCAUCUUCACCUUCUGCUUCUUCCGUGGGCUACAGAGUGACCGCAACACAAUUCACAAGAACUUGUGCAUCAGCCUUUUUGUAGCAGAACUUCUCUUCCUCAUUGGCAUCAACCGGACUGACCAGCCGAUUGCCUGUGCUGUCUUUGCUGCCCUCCUGCACUUCUUCUUCCUGGCGGCUUUCACCUGGAUGUUUCUGGAAGGUGUGCAGCUCUACAUCAUGCUGGUGGAAGUUUUUGAGAGUGAACACUCCCGGAGGAAGUACUUCUAUUUGGUUGGCUAUGGCAUGCCUGCACUGAUCGUGGCUGUGUCAGCAGCAGUGGACUACCGGAGCUAUGGCACAGACAAAGUAUGUUGGCUCCGACUUGACACCUACUUCAUUUGGAGCUUUAUAGGACCAGCGACCUUGAUAAUUAUGCUUAAUGUAAUCUUCCUUGGGAUUGCUCUCUAUAAAAUGUUUCAUCAUACUGCCAUACUGAAACCUGAAUCUGGAUGUCUUGACAAUAUCAAGUCCUGGGUGAUAGGUGCGAUAGCCCUGCUCUGCCUAUUAGGACUGACCUGGGCAUUUGGACUCAUGUAUAUUAAUGAAAGCACAGUCAUCAUGGCGUAUCUCUUCACCAUAUUCAAUUCUCUACAGGGAAUGUUUAUAUUCAUUUUCCAUUGUGUCCUCCAGAAAAAGGUACGUAAAGAGUACGGAAAAUGCCUGCGCACACAUUGCUGUAGUGGGAAAAGUACAGAGAGCUCUAUUGGCUCAGGAAAAACCUCGGGGUCACGGACACCUGGAAGAUAUUCCACAGGCUCACAGAGCCGGAUUCGUAGGAUGUGGAACGACACAGUUCGAAAGCAGUCCGAGUCUUCCUUUAUUACUGGAGAUAUAAACAGUUCAGCUUCACUCAACAGAGAGGGGCUUCUGAACAAUGCCAGGGAUACAAGUGUCACGGAUACUCUACCACUGAAUGGUAAUCACGGCAACAGCUACAGCAUCGCCAGCGGCGAGUACCUCAGCAACUGCGUGCAAAUCCUCGACCGCGGGUACAACCACACCGAGAACGCCCUCGAGAAAAAGAUCCUGAAGGAACUCACCUCCAACUACAUCCCCUCCUACCUGAACAACCACGAGCGCUCCAGCGAGCAGAGCCGCAACCUGAUGAACAAACUCGUCAACAGCGUGGGCGGCGGGAGCGAGGACGACGCCAUCGUGCUGGACGACGCCACCUCCUUCACCCACGAGGAGAGCCUGGGCCUGGAGCUCAUCCACGAGGAGUCAGACGCCCCGCUGCUGCCCCCCCGCGUGUACUCGGCUGAUGGCCCCCAGCCCCACCUCUACAGCCGGCGGCGCAUCCCACAGGACAACAGCGAGAGCUUUUUCCCCUUGCUGACCAACGAGCACACGGACGACCUCCAGUCGCCCAACAGGGAUUCUCUGUACACCAGUAUGCCCACGCUGGCCGGCAUGCCUGUGGCAGAAAGCGUUGCCGCCAGCACCCAGACCGACCCCCCGCCGGCAAAAAGCGGCGAUGCCGAUGAUGUUUACUACAAGAGCAUGCCCAACCUCGGCUCCAGGAACCACGUCCAUCAGCUACACACGUACUACCAGCUAGGCCGAGGCAGCAGCGACGGCUUUAUAGUCCCGCCGAACAAAGAGGGAACCUCCCCGGACGGCAGUGCGAAAGGACCCGCUCAUUUGGUCACUAGUCUAUAGAAGGUUAAGCAAAAAUGACGCAAACGGACACCCACAGCCCCUCCGUAACGCUCGGUUUACUGUUCUGAGUUAAUACAAGCAGUGGUAAUAUUGUGUGUACUCCUAAAUCUUCAUGCUGUUCUAAGCGAAAUGAAACUCUCAGACUUUUUUUACUGGAAUUUUUAGGCCAGCCCGGAGAGAACAGGAACUGCUGCCCCUUCCCUCCCCCCAGUUCCUCCCCAUCCUCCCUCCCUUCAGACAGACUUCAUUAUGUUAAUGAAAGAGAUAGGACAGAUAACGGCACACUUCGUGGCCUUCUCAAGUUAUGCUGUAUUUGUUUAAACGAUCCUUGAUGCUGUGUUGCUCUUAAUACUGAGGACCUGAUUUAAGAAAGAAAAAAAAAUGCAAAGAAAAAAAAAAAGGCCAAAAAUGUGCAUUUGAAACUAGUAGCGAUGACGCAUCUAGGUGGGAGUGCUGCACAAAACAAACAAGCUAGCAAACUGUCUGUUACAAAUCCGGAUCAUGCAGCGGGGUUUGGUCACUCACAACUCGGUUUGAUCGCAGCGCCCUUCGCUGCAGGAGCAACCGAAACAAAAAUUAAUGAUACGGAAGGGAAUCCUAGAAUUAUAUGCUAAAGGCAUAUUUUAUGUUUUGCUGUAUUAACUGACGAUCAAAACUAAUGGCAGAAAAAGAGAAUCAAACAAUUUCUAUGUAAUGUACAGAUACUAGCAUUGCACAUAUAGUCUGCUUUCUGUUCCUCCAGAACUUGCGUCCCUGUUAAUGUAGUGGAAAAAAAAUAAGAACUUUUUCUGUUGUGCUGGUCUUGUAAGUUUGUCUACCAGUAGGAGCAAGGUUUUUCAUAACUCCUGUUUUUCUUUUCUUUCCUUUUGCCUCUCCCCUCCAUCCCUCCCAUCCUGGUAAAAAGUCUCACUGGGCAGAAAAACGAACACCACUUUCUAAGGACCAUUUUUAGGAACGCGAUGGCAGUUUCUUUCCAACCAAGAGAGUCUUUUCUUUCCUCAUCGUGUAUCUUUCUCAAGCCGCCAUAUGGCUGGCAGACUUUUUGCAGAAUAGAGCAGGGCAAACUUUAUGUUUACAGUGCACAACCGAUCGUAACAAGAAUCCUGUGAAGCAUCUUUGGCAAGCAGCCCCUCACCCAGGCCGUAGGUUCGCAUCUAGAAGCCAAGAGGUUUUUGUAGUCGUAGCGGGGCUUCUGCAUGAGACGGCGAUUUCCCCAUAGGAGCUAAGGGCCUUCAUGGCCCCGUCCGGUCCCCGUUUAGGCACUUGUAAUGCAGUGGUUAAGAAGAAAAUUGAUUGAUGCGUAGUGAUCUAAAAAGUACUUUUGCAGUGAUUUUUAAAGAAAAAAAAAAAAAAGUCUUCUGUUCAUUCUUUUGCCUAACAGGAAAUUUAUUUAUUUGACAUGAUUUCAAGUAACAUAGGCUUUCCAGAG